GUCUCAAAAGUAUCUAUAAAAACCUCAUCAGAUAGAGGGAGGGGUAGAACUUAAGGAACCUCAAAACUCUCCUGUCUUAUUCCUAGCUCUUUCGUAAUCCUUCUCUUCAUUAGUCACCAAUCACUUCCAUAACUGAAAUAAAUCUCUACUCAGACCCAAUUGUAAUCAUUCAAAAAUAUAGCUUCCCAACCAUGAAGUUCAAGAAACUACUGCAAAAGACCUCCUCUUCACAAAUGGAUCCUUUUGUUUUUGAUAGGACACAAAUGGAUCCUGAAUCUACUCCAAUUGUCCAACCUGGAAUAUCUUUAACUCUGACAAAACCCGGUUAUGAAACAUGCUUUGUAAUUGAACCAGAAUACUCUCAAGAAAAUGAUCCCUUAACAAUUGUUCAAAAAUAUUUUCCUCCAAAUUGGCAUUUUAUUCCAAGUGACCCAAAAAAGAAUAGACAAUUCUAUGAGUUAAUCCUUAUAGAUACUAUGUCUAUUAUGCUAACCCAUAUUUUCAAUCCAAAUGAUCCUUCCAAUUUCUCCCAUGCCAAAUGUACUAUUAAAAAGGUCAUCACUCUUCAAGAAUGGGGAGAACACCCUUCAAAACUAUGGGAAUUUUCAACACCAUUUGAACCUCAAUUUUUUAAUUAUUGGGAUUAUAAAAAAGCAUGGUUCAAUACCUUUUAUUUGCAAAACAAACAAUUGGAUCAUUGUUGGUUGCUUAAUUUUGACAAGUCUCCCAGUGAUCAAUUACCCAAUUGGUUUCUCAACUGGUGGAUUUUAUUUGGACCAAUUAAGGAAAUUCUCCCUAAACCCAUCAAACAUGCUUUUAAAAAAUUUGAAAGGAAUUAUCAAGUGCCCACUCAAAUGUCCUCAUUUCCUUCUCUUCUCCAUCUCUACACUAAUUAUCAAUUGCCAUGGAUACUCCAUUGGGAUUAUAUGAUUCUUCAAGGCUCUCCUUUCAAGAAACUAGCUCGGCGUUUCGAAGUUACAUGGUGGGAUCAAUUUGAAUUUGAUGAAAUUGUCAAUGAAAUCAAGUCACCAAAUGUACACUUCAAAUAUUUGAUUGUAAAAGCUGAAGUUGAAUCAGAAUUGCUCCAAGCUUCCUCCAAAAAAGAGAUUAAAAGAAUAUUGCUCAAUGCAAUUUCUAGAUUAAGUUGAAAGUCAUAUGUUUACAUGAUCUAAUAUGAUGGAGUACUUAAGGUAUUAGGAAAAUGUUCACAGAGCAAGAUUCCAAGAACCCCUUCAAUUCCAAUUUACAUGAUCUAAUUUGCUGGCUUGGGUCGUCUCUGUGGUUGUUUGUGGUUCGGUGGAUAUGUAAAUUUUGUUGAAUUUUUUGGGUUUGUGAUUGUUGGCUUUAGUGGGUUGCAGUGGCAGGUUUGUGAUUGCUUGCUUCAGUGGGUUAAAAUUGUUGGGCUGAGUUGUGGUCGGAAGUUGCUGGCUUUGCUGAGUUGCUGGUGGUUGUGGUGAUUGCGGUUGCCGUGGGUUUGAUGGAAAGAGAGGAAAAUAGAGAAGUGUGAUGUUUAUAUUAUAAUAUUAUUUAAUUGUAUAAUUUAUACUAAUUUAUUAAAGUCUUUUGGCUAAA